AUGGCUACAUCGAUGACAAUACAGGAUGUCACUUUGGUUGAGUUUUGGGAGAAGUUGGAAGAGUUACUGGCAGAAGUGAAUGUCAGAAAUGAAUCUGAGGUGAAUUCUGCCUUAGUGUCUUUUGUGAAGAUCACUGCUGAUCACUAUUCUAGCCUUAUAAAAUGUGAUCAGGAUUUAUACAGAAUAGGUCUUAUGUUGGUGGAGUCUCCAAUGUUCCAACAAACAACUGAUUUCUGUUUAAGAAAACUCUUAUCUUUAUUGUCUAUCGAUCUUUUGGAAUUAAACUUGAAAUUAAUUAUUGCAUAUAUCAUUCUUUACAAAUGUAAGGUUGACUUAAAUGCAUUGGACAUCAUUCUAGAGAAUCAGGGGUUCCUAGUUCUCUAUAACAAUAUUUACAGCAACUUUGCGUAUCUUAAUAAGUACGGCGAUGAAUAUACUGGUGUCCCAUACCAGGCAAAUGAAUAUCAUGACAAAGCCCAAGAAGAUCCAAAAAAAGACACAAAUCUUGAAAUCAUUGAAGACAUUAAACACUUGACUACUAUACUGAUUGAUAUCAUGUAUCAAUUCUUCAAGUACUCGAAAUGUCAGAUUUCCAAUAUUCAAAUGAUUGAUGAUUUCUUUAUUUACUAUCUCGUCAGCAGCAUAAGAUCAGAUGUUGUUGACGACAUUUUAAACAAUGUCAAGUUUAAGCUUCUACUUGCCCUCAAUGAACAAUAUAUGAUUUUUCAGUACGAAUUUGAUAUCGAAAACAAGGCUUAUGAGUUUUUAUUGAACCACAACAUGUCCAAGGAUUUCAUUGGGUUGCUUUUAUUAAAAUUUAAUAGAGAAACUGACACCUCUUUAUUGAUAAUGAUCUGCAAAGUCAUAUAUAUAAUAUUGACUAAAGAUUUAAAAGUGGCUAAGGAUUUCUUUUACUUGAAUGACUUGCAUGUUUUCGUUGAUGUGCUAUUGAGAAACUUGAACAACAUAUCUGAUAACGAAGAAAUUUUAAGAAACACAUAUUUAAGAGUUCUAACUCCAUUGUUGAACAAUACGGAACUAGCAGCCACGAAGUAUCACAGAAGUGAAAUUUCUACGACUUUAAAAUUCUUUUCUGAUGUAGAUAAUUUCUGUUCUAUUGAGAAGGCAACCCCUCUACAGAAGACCACCGCCAGGUUAGCAGCAAAAUGUCUACACGAAGUCAAAUGGCUCGAGCAAGAAAACCAAUUUUCAUCCGAUCAAAAUGACAGCGAAGAGAGUAGAAGGUCAAGUAUAAGUCAAAAGUCUACAAGUAACACUCCUUUGGAGCCAGUGAUGUCAACUACUCCUCACCUCUAUAGUAACUUACAGAACUCAUACUCUGCCGACUCUAUCAAUCAUAAAUCUAAUCAACAAACUCCUCCCCCACCUCCACCAUCCAGAAAGGUUAGACAUAGGCAGGGAAGUGACCGAAAGCUAGCAAUAGCUAAAGUAUGA